GAGAAGGCCGUCGCGUCCGCCGGAGAGUUGGCCAGCCGGCGGCAGAAACGUGCCAUUGUACGAUUGUCGUGCAGACCCGUUCACCAGCCAUCAGUGGCAGAAUCUGCAAGUCACUGAAACAAAGGAUAGCCAGCUGAGGUGAUUAAUUCAUUCACUGAUGGCUCCUGUUAGAAUUCAAGAACCCUCCUCUACCAAUGCGUCUCCUUUACCAUGUAGUUAUCAUGUGUUCUUGAGUUUUAGAGGCCAAGACACUCGAAAGACAUUCACUGACCACCUCUAUACAGCUCUGGUCAAUGCUGGAUUUCGCACUUUCCGAGAUGAUGACGAACUGGAAAGAGGCCAAGAUAUAAAGCCAGAGCUAGAGAAAGCUAUCCAACUGUCACGAAGUUCUGUCAUUGUGUUUUCUAAAGACUACACAUCUUCUGUAUGGUGUCUGGACGAGCUUGUCAGGAUUCUUGAACGCAAGAGGACCUCCGAUCAUGUUGUGUUACCAGUGUUCUACGAUAUUGAUCCAUCCCAUGUGAGGAAACAGACUGGAAGUGUCGGAAAAGCACUUGCCAGACAUGGAAAAAAGCAAUCACCGGAGAAGUUGCAUAGAUGGAGGACAGCACUUAAAGAAGUUGCAGAUCUAGCAGGCAUGGUGCUACAAAAUCAAAGUGAUGGGCACGAGUCAAAGUUUAUCAAGAAAAUUGUUGAAGUGAUUGAGGAGAAAUUAUGUCGCAUACCCUUAAGUGUUGACCCUUAUCUGGUCGGAAUCCAAUAUUGGGUUGAAAGCAUUAAUUCAUGGUUACAAGAUGGAUCAUCUGAUGUUGGCAUACUUGGCAUUUAUGGAAUUGGUGGGAUAGGAAAGACAACCAUUGCACAAGUUGUAUAUAAUUCAAGUUUCAAAAAAUUUGAAGGUAGCAGUUUCCUUGAAAAUAUCAGAGAAACUUCUGAACAAUACAAUGGCUUAGUUAGAAUACAAAAACAGCUUCUUUAUGAUCUUUCAAAUCGAACAGGUGUGGAAAUACAUAUGGUUGCUGAGGGAAUAAAUCGGAUCAAAGAUGUCAUAGGCUCUAAAAAAGUUCUUCUUGUUCUAGAUGAUGUGGAUCAUAGGGAUCAAUUACAAGCAAUAUUUAGCAUGCGAAAUUGCUUUUGUCCAGGAAGUAAAAUCAUUAUAACGACUAGACAUCCAGGGCUGCUAAAGCUUUAUAAUGAUGUUAAGGAGUAUUGCAUUGGAACUCUAGAUAGUGAUGAAUCAUUGAAACUCUUCUGUUGGUACGCUUUUGGACAGAACCAUCCAAUUGAUGCCUACAUCGAACUUUCGAAAAGGGUCGUACACCACAUAGGAGGACUUCCAUUAGCUCUGAAAACUUUGGGUUCUUCUUUGACAGGGCAAAGUGUAGAUGUAUGGGAAAGUCAACUACAGAAGUUGGAAACUUUUCCAAACACUGAUAUCCUAAAGAAACUGAGGAUGAGCUAUGAUGCCUUACCAGAUGACCAUGACAAAAAUGUAUUUCUCCAUAUUGCAUGUUACUUUAUUGGAAAGGAAAAGCAUGUGAUCAUCAAGAUACUAGAUGGAUGCGGUUUCUCCUCAAUUGUUGGCAUUCAAAAUCUCAUUGAUAGAUGUUUGCUAACAAUUGAUGGAUACAAUCAUGAGGUGAAUAUGCAUCAAAUGAUUCGUGAUAUGGGAAGAGAAAUUGUUCGCCUAGAAUGUGCAAAGUAUCCAGAGAAACGUAGUAGGUUAUGGUAUCAUGAAGAUUCUCUCAAUGUGUUGAGAGAAAAGAAUGGUUCUGAAACAAUUGAAGGUCUUGCUCUGAAUAUGCAUAUGGACACUGCAGACAAUGCUUCAAGAAUUUCAGAUAUGGAAGUCUUGGAAACAAAUGCAUUUACAAGCAUGCACAGACUACAAUUACUCCAACUUUUUGGUGUACAACUGAAUGGAGGUUAUGAGGACUUUCCUAAACACUUGAGAUGGUUGUGUUGGCUUCAAUUCCCUUUACACUCCAUACCCAGUCAUUUUGUUUUAGAGAACCUGGUUGUUCUUGAAAUGCAGAAUAGCAGCUUGAGACAAGUCUGGAAGGGAACAAAGCAUCUUCCAUCACUGAAGAUCCUUGAUCUCAGCCAUUCUAGUGACCUUACGGAAACUGGUGACUUCUCAUUGGUUCCAAAUCUAGAGAGACUGUUUCUUGAAGAUUGCAGAAAUUUGGUUCAUGUCCACAAAUCCAUUGGGAAGCUAAAGAAACUUGUUUACUUGAAUAUGAAAAAAUGCCAAAAAAUUGAAAAGCUUCCGAAGGACAUUUUGCUGAAAUCACUUGAAACACUUACUUUGUCCGGUUGCUCAAAUCUUUAUGAGUUUCCAAUGGAAAUGAGGAAUAUGAUAUCUCUGAAAGUUCUUGAAGCCGAUGAAGUUCCAAUAAAUCGAAUACUCGCUGGGGAGCUCAAGUCAUGGCCACCAAUAGAUAAACUUAUUGAUAAUUUUUGGGCUUCUUUUCCCUGCACUUUAGUUGAGUUGAGUCUUGCAGACUGCAAACUUUCUGUUGAUGCUUUUCCUAGGGAUUUUGGUAACUUAUCCUCACUGAAGAAACUGUAUCUAUGUGAGAAUCCAAUUUGUAGCUUACCUGAUUGUAUCAGAGGCCUUGGAGGGCUAGAUUACCUUGGAUUUUCGCGGUGUGUAUAUCUCAAAUCACUUGUAGGGUUACCAAGAGUGAGCAGAGAACUGUUUACCGACGGUUGUGUAUCAUUGAAAAGGAUUACUUUUCAAUCGAUUUCAUGCUUACCAAAGAGUAUAUCUGCGUAUUGUUGGAAGUCCAAUGUAGUUGAGAUUGGUUACUGGUACAAGUUAGUACCUAUUGGAUUCGUUGACAUAGAAAUGAUCAAGCUUUUGGGCUUGUCCCACUUGAAAUCCAUUGAACCCAUUUUAUUGUCCAUCCCUGCAGGACACAGCUCUUCAAAUCACCUAAUGCUUCCCAUCCAGGGACUGUAUGAGUAUGAUAUAUUCAGCACAUUUUUUUAUGGAAAUGAGGACGAGGUUCCAGGGCAGUUCAGUAAUAGAUUUGUGGGAUCAUCCUCAAAAUCUUUUAUAGUGCCUAAUCUCAGGAUCCGAGGCUUGAACAUCUUCUCUGUCUAUAAAAGUUCACAUAACUAUUCACCUCAGGAUGUAUUAAUUACCGAAAUCAACAAUAAGAGCAAGCGUCUGAAGUGGAUCUAUGGGCCUUCAUGCUAUGGCAUUCCAACUGAAGAAAAUAAUGUGAUAUGGUUAAGCCACUGGAAGUUGAGGAAUCAGUUGGAAGCUGGCGACGAAGUCACUGUUUCAGUACAUAUGGGUACGCGGUAUAGUUGCCUUGAGAUAAAAGAGUGGGGAUUCGAGAUUGUGCAUGAGGCAGAAGACCACCAACACAUCACCGCAACAGAUGCAAAUCUUAAUGAGGACGACAUUCUUUUGUUAGAAGCCUAUCAGGUGGUGCCAGGAACAUACUUCCUCCGUGGUGGACCUAUGGAAUUCAAUAGGAGAAAUUUUAAUCUUUGGUGUCCUUAUGAACAAUAUGCCAAGUACAUAGAAAAAGAGACACAAUGGAGGGAGAUUCACGAAAUGCUUCUCUUGUUAACAAUUAAAGCAGCGAGAGACGGCACUAACAGCUGCGGUUGCAGAGAAGGCAAGAUCGCCAGAGCCAAGAAGGUCAUCAUUGGGGUUGUCGCACUCGCUCCAAUCACUCACUUCUGUGUUUUUCUUUUCAUAGUUUAUCAACUUACAUAUAUUUGGACUCUACAUGGAUUGAUGCAACGGUAGCUUAAGAAGAUUUCAAUUAGACAGCCCUUGAAAUAAUUUGCUAGUUGCUACCA